ACUUCUUGGUCUUCAAAGCCUGGUUGGUUUGAGCCGCAAGCAAACAACAACAGAAGAGUUGGUUCUUGAUCCUCCGAAGCUCUCUUCCUUUCUCCUGCCCCAUCUUAAUCCUCCUUCUCGCCCUUCGACGCAUCGCCAUGGUUCUUGAGGCCACGAUGAUCUGCAUCGACAACUCGGAGUGGAUGCGGAAUGGGGACUACUCGCCCAGUCGAUACCAGGCCCAGGCCGACGCUAUCAAUCUCAUAUGCGGAGCUAAAACUCAGUCGAAUCCGGAGAACACGGUGGGUGUGCUGACGAUGGCGGGGAAAGGGGUCCGUGUCUUGGUGACGCCCACGAGUGAUCUUGGAAAGAUCCUGGCUUGCAUGCAUGGUUUGGAAAUCGGUGGUGAAAUGAACUUGACUGCAGGAAUACAGGUAGCCCAGUUGGCUCUUAAACACAGGCAAAACAAGAAACAGAAACAAAGAAUCAUAGUUUUUGCUGGAAGUCCAAUCAAGUAUGACAAGAAGACAUUGGAGGCAAUUGGGAGAAAGUUGAAAAAGAACAGUGUUGCUUUGGAUGUUGUUGAUUUUGGAGAAUCUGAUGAUGGGAAACCUGAAAAGUUGGAGGCCUUGGUUGCUGCUGUGAACAAUAAUGACAACAGUCACAUAGUUCAUGUUCCACCUAGUCCAAGUGCCCUUUCUGAUGUGCUUAUCAGCACACCUAUUUUUACUGGAGAUGGGGAAGGUGGGAGUGGUUUUGCUGCUGCAGCGGCAGCAGCUGCAGCUGGUGGCAUGUCUGGAUUUGAUUUUGGUGUGGAUCCUAACAUGGAUCCUGAAUUGGCCCUGGCAUUGAGGAUCUCCAUGGAAGAAGAAAGAGCAAGACAAGAAGCUGCUGCAAAAAAGGCUGCUGAAGAGGCUGCUAAACAGGAGAAAGUAGGGGAGCAAGCUUCAAGUUCCCAGGAUGCAGCUAUGACUGAAGCAGUUGACACUUCAGCUGUCGUGGCUGAUGAUAAAAAGCAAAAUUUAACGGAUGAUGAGGCUGCAUUGCUAGAACAAGCUCUUGCAAUGUCCAUGGAUGGUGCUAAGUCCACCAGUGUGGAUAUCACUGAUGCUGACAUGUCAGAUGCUACGGCAGAAGAUCCUGAAUUGGCAUAUGCCCUUCAAAUGUCUGUUCAAGAAACUGCAAAAGACUCGUCAUCCCAGUCAGAGAUGAGCAAAGUGCUUGAGGACCAAUCAUUUGUUUCAUCUAUCCUAAACUCGCUUCCUGGUGUUGACCCCAAUGAUCCUUCACUGAAGGAUUUUCUGGCAUCUUUACAAGGCCAAUCAGAGACCCAGCAGAAGCAAAAGGAAGACGAUUCAGAAAAAGGUGGUGAUAAAUAAAGGAUUAGUUUAAGGCUGCUUAUGCCUUGUUAUCUGAGAACAAUUAUCUUUCUUUUGGGUGCCACUUGUUUCUUGUGGCGGUGGACCGAGGACCUGCAUUUUCUUUGGAGCUCGAAUUUGUACUGUGACAUCUCUAUGGCCUGUGGACUAUCCAACAUUUUAUAUUCAGGGAUGUUUAUGCUACUUGUAUCUGAUUCUCUUCCAACUCAGUAUCAUCUCUGGUAAACAACAAUGCCUAAGGUUUCUCUGGGUGUUCUAUUACAGGUCUCCUUUCAUGAUUAGGAACGUGUCUGUUGAUAUACUUAAAAAGAUUUUAGUUUGUUCUCGUUGAGUUCCAAUGGUAAAGUUGCAUUUUCUU